GUAGCUCUUCGGUAACGGGAGCGGGUGUGGGCAGAAGGCUUCCUGGAGGAGGGGCCCAUGGUCCGCCUCAUCCUGCUCUGGCCCCAGAAGUUGUUUACUCCCAGAGACUGAGGGGCCCGAGAGCCAAGUUGACAUUCCUGGAAUUCUGAGAGCUGUGUGUAGAUUGGGGGGAGUCUCCUCCCUCCAGCUCCCUGAUUUCCCAGGAGAGGCUGUGUGGAGCAGUGUGGCUGCCUGUGUGCAGGUCCCCUACACACAUGUGCACAGAGGCCCCUUGGGGCACUUGACCCUCCGCCUCCACUCUGCCCUGGCUCAGGCCUGGCCAGGCUAGACCUGAGGACCAAGGGGAGCCUCAGAGGUCAGCCCUGCCCCCUGCUCAGCUGGCCCCCUCGUGUGUGUGUGUGGGGGGGCAGGCUGGGGCGUGGGCCUGGCUCUCCGCAGGGUGGGCAGGGGCAGGAGGGUGCCCCGGGAGCCCAACACACAGGGUCAGGGGGAGCGGGGCCAGGCCUGCCUGCAGGGGCAGUGGGGUGUGAGCACAGAUGUGGCCCAGACCUCUGGGAAGGGCCGGAGGUGGGGCAGGGAGAGUGAGGCGCUUGUUUUCCGAGAAUGGGGUGUCCUGCCCCCAGGGGCGGGGGCACAGGGAGGGAGGGCUGUGCUUACAUGUGGUUUGGAACCCAAGAGCCCUGUUUCCUGCUAGAGGAGGGUCACUUCAGGGCAGGCAGGGGACAAGGGGAAAUCAGCGAUUGAAGUUUUAGCUGCAGACAGCCUCUGGCCCUGAGUGUUGUCCUGGAAACAGGCUGGGAGUCAGCUGACCCUGGCCCCUGGUCCUGGAUCACAGCCUCCGCUUCCCCAUCUGUGAAGCGUGGGUGGAACCAGACACUGCCCAGCUGGAGGGUCCCCAUACUGGCUGUGUGGGCCUGGGGGUCCCAGGCUCAGCCCGGAGCCCCGGCUGCCUUGGGUAGACUCGUGCUCACGCGGUGGGGUGAGUGGGGUGCUCGGACGCUUCCCCAGGGUCCGACGGGGUCACCCGCCUGCAGCAUCUACGAGCUCCGGCUUUGGCCUUGCUGACUGCUUACCUGCCGCCUGGCCAGCCUUCAGGGGCGCCGGGCACCGCCUACCUUCUUCCCUGCCGCAAACCCAGAGCUGAAGCGCUGCAGCAUGGCGCGCGGCUGCCUGCAGGGCGUCAAGUACCUCAUGUUCGCCUUCAACCUGCUCUUCUGGCUGGGAGGCUGCGGCAUCCUCGGCGUCGGCAUCUGGCUGGCGGCCACGCAGGGGAACUUCGCCACCCUGUCCUCCUCCUUCCCGUCCCUGUCAGCCGCCAACCUGCUUAUUGUCACCGGCACCUUUGUGAUGGCCAUCGGCUUUGUGGGCUGCAUCGGGGCCAUCAAGGAGAACAAAUGCCUUCUGCUCACUUUCUUCGUGCUGCUGCUGCUGGUGUUCCUGCUGGAGGCCUCCCUCGCCAUCCUCUUCUUCGCCUACACCGACAAGAAGACGCUCCAGGCCCAUCUUGGGGGUUCCCCGCCCCAGCCCUGGAAUUGGCCAUUUCUCAAGGGAGCCUGGUUCCUUUAUUGGAGAACGAAUGCUCUUAGGAACCAAGAUCCGGGCCCUCUCGGCUGGCAGCAUGGAGCCGUGUGGGUUGUAACCGGUGUGCGCAGACACAGCCCCGAGGGUCUCUGUGCCCGUCCAUCUCCUUCUAUCGACAGGUAUGCACAGCGGGACCUGAAAAAGGGCCUACACCUGUAUGGCACCCCGGGUAACGUGGGCCUCACCAACGCCUGGAGCAUCAUCCAGACAGACUUCCGCUGCUGCGGGGUCUCCAACUACACUGACUGGUUCGAGGUCUACAACGCCACGCGCGUGCCGGACUCCUGCUGCCUGGAGUUCAGCGAGAGCUGCGGGCUGCACGCGCCCGGCACCUGGUGGAAGGCGCCGUGUUACGAGACGGUGAAGGUCUGGCUCCAGGAGAACCUGCUGGCCGUGGGUGUCUUCGGGCUGUGCACAGCACUAGUUCAGAUCUUGGGCCUGACCUUUGCCAUGACGAUGUACUGCCAGGUGGUGAAGGCUGACACCUACUGUGCGUAGGCUGCCAGCUGCCCGCCACCCCUGCUUUGCUGCCGAAGGACGUCGCCCCUGGGGAGAUGACCGUGUCCCCACCUGCGUCUCCCGCUACAGGACCUCUCACCAGCCCAGGCAUGGGGGCGGGAGGACCGGGCAGCCAGAGCCCCCAGGGCUGCCAGCCAGGCCUGUGAGCGCCGCUGCGUGGCCGGGGCGGCAGUCGGGAGGGGCUUCUGACGCUUCUUAUACCCAGGUACCCUCCAGAGCAGUGUGCUCCCCCUCAGCCCUGUGCAGGGCGGGGGGCUGGGGUGGGAGGUGGGGGACUGACCACUGGUCCUGGUGCUUGAGGCGGGUCUGCAGCCCCGUCCACCCACAUUCCACAGCGGGGCCGCGGCCGGCUCUGCGUGCGUCUUAAUAAAGUGUGUGGGCAGCAGCCCCCGA